GGACAGAACCGGCUCCUAAGGAAAACCUGCAUCCAAACGCUCCGCCUAGGCCGAUGUUUGUGAGAACUGAAAACAGAGAAGUCGUGGGUUUGCUCGGGCAAUCUUUCUUCUCCGCGUCCUUGGAAUCAAAUUAGCACACUCCGUGUGCGACACUCGACAGGCUAUUUUCGGUAAAUCCCUUCUCCAUGUUCUUUCCCAUUCUCCUCAGUUCUCACCUUCGCGGCUCCACCUCUUUCAGUUUCAUCGCAGCUGUUCUGAGUCCCAUUGAACUCCCUACGAGCUCAAUUUCUAGGGUUUAUUUCUCUCGCUCUCUAUAUUUCUGAUCAGUAGGAAAUGUCUCGGGUUGAGGAUCUAUGGGAGCGUUUGGUGCGUGCGGCACUUAGGAGGGAAAGGACUGGGGUUGAUGCAUAUGGGCGGCGUGUGAGUGGAAUUGCUGGGAAUGUUCCUUCUUCACUGGCGAACAAUAGGGAUAUUGAUGCAAUUUUAAGAGCUGCAGAUGAAAUUCAAAAUGAAGAUCCAAAUGUCUCUAGAAUCCUCUGUGAACACGCAUAUUCUUUGGCUCAAAACCUGGAUCCUAACAGUGAGGGAAGAGGCGUGCUUCAGUUUAAAACUGGUUUAAUGUCUGUCAUUAAGCAAAAGCUUGCGAAGAGAGAGGGUGGAGUCAUAGAUAGAAGCCAAGAUAUUGCUCGAUUACAGGAAUUCUACAAGCUCUAUAGAGAGAAGAAUAGUGUCGACAAGCUACGAGAAGAUGAAAUGAAGCUGAGGGAGUCGGGUGCUUUCAGCGGUAACCUUGGGGAAUUGGAGCGCAAAACCGUGAAAAGGAAAAAAAUUUUUGCAACUCUUAAAAUUUUGGGGACUGUGUUAGAAGAGUUGACUAGGGAGAUUUCUCCUGAAGAUGCUGAAAGGUUAAUUCCAGAAGAGCUGAAACGGGUGAUUGAAUCAGAUGCUGCUAUGACGGAGGACCUAAUUGCUUACAACAUUAUCCCCCUGGAUGCACCUAUAGUAACAAAUGCUAUUGUGCAUUUUCCUGAGGUACGAGCAGCAGCAUUAGCUUUGAAGUACUUCAGGGGCCUACCAGAACUGCCCCGUGAUUUUCCAGUACCUCCUAGAAGGAGUGCUGAUAUGCUUGACUUUCUGCAGUAUAUUUUUGGCUUUCAGAAAGACAAUGUUUCCAACCAGCGUGAGCAGUUAGUUCACCUCCUUGCAAAUGAGCAAUGUCGUCUUGGUAUUCCUGAAGAAACUGAACCGAAAUUGGAUGAGGCAGCUGUCCAACGGGUAUUCAUGAAAUCUCUUGACAACUACUUGAAAUGGUGCAAUUACUUGUGUAUUCAGCCUGUCUGGAGCAGUUUGGAGGUUUUGAGCAAAGAAAAAAAGUUACUAUUUCUUUCUUUGUACUUUCUGAUAUGGGGAGAGGCUGCCAACAUCAGAUUUCUUCCAGAGUGUUUGUGUUACAUAUUUCAUCAUAUGGUAAGAGAAAUGGAUGAGAAAUUGCGUCAGCAGAAUGCACAACCAGCCAACAGCUGCACACCCGACACAUCCGAGGGUGAUGCAUCAUUCCUUGAGCAUGUUGUCACUCCUCUUUAUGAGGUUGUUGCUGCGGAAGCAGCAAACAGUCUCAAUGGGCAUGCACCUCAUUCUGCAUGGAGAAAUUAUGAUGAUUUUAAUGAGUACUUUUGGUCAUUGCAUUGCUUCGAACUUGGUUGGCCAUGGCGUAGAAGUUCAUCUUUUUUCCUGAAACCAAAACGACGGUCAAAGAAUGUGCUUAAAUCUGGAGGAAGUAAACGUCAGGGGAAAACAUCAUUCGUUGAGCACCGAACAUUUCUUCAUCUUUACCAUAGUUUCCAUCGCCUGUGGAUAUUUCUCUUUUUGAUGCUUCAGGGGCUAACAAUAAUUGCAUUCAAUGAUGGACGAGUGAACUCAAAGACUAUACGAGAAGUUCUUAGUGUUGGCCCGACAUUUGUUGUGAUGAAGCUUUUUGAGAGUGUGUUGGACAUUCUUAUGAUGUAUGGUGCUUAUUCUACAACGCGGAGUUUGGCAGUUUCUCGAAUUAUUCUUCGCUUUCUUUGGUUUAGCAUUGCUUCAGUUUUCAUAUCCAUUCUUUAUGUGAAAGCUCUACAAGAGCAGAGUAAACCAAAUGCAAAUUCUGUUUUAUACAAAAUGUAUGUCAUUGUUCUUGGCAUUUAUGCCGGUGUUCAAGUUUUUCUUAGUUUCCUCAUGCGAAUACCGGCCUGCCACCAUCUGUCAAAUCCAUGUGAUAGCUGGGCAUUAAUUCGCUUCAUCAAGUGGAUGCACAAGGAACACUAUUAUGUUGGACGUGGCAUGUAUGAGCGGACUGUUGAUUUUAUCAAGUACAUGCUUUUUUGGCUUGUUGUGUUGGGCUGCAAAUUUGCUUUUGCAUAUUUUCUCCAGAUCAAGCCGCUGGUGGAGCCAACUCAGAUAAUAGUGCAGAUGCGUGAUUUACAGUAUUCAUGGCAUGACUUAGUGUCCAGAAAUAACCAUAAUGCUCUGACUGUUGCCAGCUUAUGGGGGCCAGUGGUUGCUAUGUAUCUCUUAGAUAUUCAUGUCUUUUACACAGUCGCAUAUUCUGUUUGGGGAUUCCUGCUUGGUGCAAAGGAUCGUCUUGGAGAGAUUAGGUCGCUGGAAGCUGUACAUAAACUUUUUGAGAAGUUUCCUGGCGCAUUUAUGGAUACGCUCCAUGUUCCUCUGCCUCAAAGGAUGUCCCUCCGGUCAUCAAGUGAGGUGGUGGAGAGGAAUAAGGUUGAUGCUGCUCGAUUUUCCCCCUUUUGGAAUGAAAUCAUUAAAAGUCUGCGUGAAGAAGAUUACAUCACUAAUUUGGAAAUGGAGGUACUUUUCAUGCCUAAAAAUUCUGGGAAUUUGCUUCUGGUUCAGUGGCCACUCUUCCUUCUUGCCAGCAAGAUAUUUAUGGCAAAAGAUAUAGCAGUAGAGAAUAGAGAUUCUCAGGAUGAGCUAUGGGAAAGGAUUUCGAGAGAUGAUUAUAUGAAAUAUGCUGUUGUGGAAUGCUAUCACACUGCAAAACUUAUUUUGAUGGAAAUAUUGGAAGCUGAAGGCCAGAUGUGGGUGGAAAGGAUAUAUGCAGAUAUUGGAGAUAGUAUAGGGAAGAAGAAUAUUCAUGUGGACUUUCAGCUAAGUAAGCUACCAUUUGUGAUAUCAAGAGUCACAGCACUUAUGGGAAUACUGAAAGAAGUCGGAACUCCAGAUCUGGAAAAAGGUGCUGUUAAAGCUGUUCAAGACCUUUACGAUGUUAUGCGAUAUGAUUUUCUUUCUAUGAACAUGAGGGAGCACUAUGACACAUGGAAUGCUUUGUCAAAAGCAAGAACUGAAGGUCGCCUUUUUUCAAAGUUGAAGUGGCCAAAAGAUGCUGAGUUGAGGGCUCAAGUGAAACGAUUGUAUUCAAUUUUAACUAUUAAAGAUUCUGCUGCUAAUAUCCCCAAAAAUCUUGAGGCAAGACGUCGCCUGGAGUUCUUUACCAAUUCCUUGUUUAUGGAUAUGCCUGUGACCAAGUCUGUCCGUGAGAUGUUGUCCUUCAGUGUGUUCACUCCUUAUUAUGCCGAGGUUGUGCUUUAUAGCAUGGAUGAACUUUUGAAGAAGAAUGAGGAUGGAAUAUCCACUUUAUUUUAUCUCCAGAAAAUAUAUCCAGAUGAAUGGAAGAACUUUCUUGCUCGAAUAGGUCGUGAUGAAAAUGAUCAAGAUUCUGAUCUUUUUGAUAAUCCAAAUGACAUUCUUGAACUCCGGUUUUGGGCUUCUUACCGGGGGCAAACACUAGCCAGAACUGUUCGCGGAAUGAUGUACUACAGGAAAGCUCUUAUGCUUCAAACCUAUUUGGAACGGGUUGCUGCAGGAGAUAUAGAUGCUGCAAGUUCUAGUAAUGAGGUUACAGAUACUCAAGGGUUUGAGUUGUCUCCUGAAGCCCGAGCUCAGGCAGAUCUUAAGUUUACAUAUGUUCUUACAUGUCAAAUAUAUGGAAAACAGAAAGAAGAGCAAAAGCCUGAGGCUGCGGAUAUUGCUAUACUAAUGCAACGAAAUGAGGCUCUUCGAGUUGCUUUCAUUGAUGUUGUUGAGACACUAAAGGAUGGCAAAGUUCACACAGAGUACUACUCAAAGCUGGUCAAGGCUGAUAUCAAUGGGAAAGAUAAGGACCUAUCAUCGGGGAAGACGAUCGGCACUGCUAAAGCGUAUGAGGGACUCUACUACUUUGAGGAGGAAAUCUACUCCAUAAAAUUGCCUGGGGAUCCAAAACUAGGUGAAGGAAAACCUGAAAAUCAGAACCAUGCAAUUGUAUUCACUCGUGGAAAUGCACUUCAGACAAUUGACAUGAAUCAGGAUAACUAUUUCGAGGAAGCCUUGAAGAUGAGAAAUCUUCUUGAGGAAUUUUCUCGUGAUCAUGGAAUUCGGCCUCCAACCAUUCUUGGUGUCAGGGAACAUGUAUUUACUGGAAGCGUGUCAUCUUUAGCAUCAUUCAUGUCUAAUCAAGAAACUAGCUUUGUAACUUUGGGCCAGCGUGUUCUUGCAAAGCCUCUGAAGAUCCGCAUGCAUUAUGGCCAUCCAGAUGUUUUUGACAGAGUUUUUCAUAUAACCCGGGGUGGUAUCAGCAAGGCUUCUCGUAUCAUCAACAUUAGUGAAGAUAUUUUUGCAGGAUUCAACUCAACAUUACGCCAAGGAAAUAUUACUCAUCAUGAAUACAUUCAGGUUGGCAAAGGACGUGAUGUUGGGCUCAAUCAAAUUGCACUAUUUGAGGGGAAAGUCGCUGGCGGUAAUGGCGAACAAGUUCUUAGUCGAGAUGUUUACAGACUUGGGCAGCUCUUUGAUUUCUUCCGGAUGCUUUCGUUCUACUUCACUACUGUUGGUUUCUAUUUCUGCACCAUGUUGACAGUGCUGUCUAUAUACAUAUUUUUAUAUGGCAAGGCAUAUCUGGCCCUAUCUGGAGUUGGUGAAACUAUAGCGGAGAGAGCUGAGAUACUGCAGAACACUGCCUUAAGUGCUGCUUUAAGUACACAGUUUCUUGUUCAAAUUGGUGCCUUUACUGCUGUGCCGAUGAUUUUGGGUUUUAUCUUGGAAAAAGGUUUUCUAAAGGCUGUAGUCAGUUUUGUGACGAUGCAGCUUCAGCUUUGUUCUGUAUUCUUCACAUUUUCUCUGGGCACAAGAACACAUUAUUUUGGUCGAACCAUUCUUCAUGGUGGAGCAAGGUACCAAGCAACUGGUCGGGGAUUUGUCGUGCGCCAUAUAAAAUUUUCUGAAAAUUACAGACUCUAUUCUCGGAGCCAUUUUGUUAAAGGGUUAGAAGUUGUGCUUCUGUUGGUAGUAUACCUUGCAUAUGGAUAUAAUGAAAGUGGUGCUGUAUCCUAUAUUCUUCUUACUGUUAGCAGUUGGUUCAUGGCUCUUUCUUGGCUUUUUGCUCCUUAUUUGUUCAAUCCAUCUGGAUUUGAGUGGCAGAAGACUGUGGAGGACUUUAGGGAUUGGACAAAUUGGCUUCUUUACAGAGGUGGAAUUGGAGUCAAGGGAGAAGAAAGCUGGGAAGCUUGGUGGGAUGAAGAACUGGCACAUAUUCGGACACUCAAGGGGAGGAUAAUGGAGACUAUUCUGAGCCUUAGAUUUUUCAUCUUUCAGUAUGGUGUUGUCUACAAGCUAGAUGUGCAAGGAUCAGAUACUUCAUUGACGGUGUAUGGCCUAUCUUGGGUUGUGCUGGCGGUGCUGAUAAUUCUUUUUAAGGUUUUCACCUUUAGCCAGAAGAUAUCAGUCAACUUCCAGCUUCUGUUGCGUUUUAUUCAAGGAAUUUCCUUCAUGCUAGCACUAGCUGGCUUAGCCAUUGCAGUUGCAUUAACGGACUUGACAAUCCCAGAUAUAUUUGCUUGCAUCUUAGCAUUUGUCCCCACUGGAUGGGGAAUUCUCUCUAUUGCUGCGGCUUGGAAGCCUUUGAUGAAGAGGCUCGGAUUGUGGAAAUCCAUACGUUCAAUUGGCCGUCUAUAUGAUGCUGGCAUGGGCAUGCUCAUCUUCAUACCGAUUGCAUUAUUUUCAUGGUUCCCUUUCGUGUCAACUUUCCAAACCCGCCUCAUGUUCAACCAAGCAUUCAGCCGUGGGCUGGAAAUCUCUCUUAUCCUUGCAGGGAACAACCCAAAUACUGGCAUAUGAUGGCAGCUCUGGUUUGGAUGGAAAAUUUUAUUUGUUUCCAUCUUGCGGAAUUGUUUAGGAGACCCAGCAGUUUUGAUCUUUGGUUUUUUAUUGAUUUGACUCCCCUACUGUAAAUACUCUUGCGGGUUGGUUUGUAUGAGGUUCAUAGGAAAUUGCCUGGCAUUUUACUUGUGAUUGUAUUCUAUAUCGAACGAGCUUACGAAUUUGAUUCAGGUAAUUUGUAUGAAGUAUAAAGAAGAUAGAAAGGUAAUUUUUUUUAUUUA